GGGAGGAGCACGAACAUGAGCGACGACGUUGAGUACACGGUGGACACCCCGAGCGAGCAACUGUGGAGCGCCAUCGAUGACCUGCGAGAGAAGCGCGAUAAGCUGAUGACGAUAAGUCGCGCGGAAGAGAUGGGUUUCAACCAACGCCUCGACAUGUACAAACGGCAAGUGACGAAUCCUGCGAUGAAGAACAAUGCUGAAGCACAAAUUCGGUUGAUGCAACAACAACGGACAUUUGCCGAGCAAAACUUGCGCCGCAACACACAGAAAAUUGAUACACAGAUCGAUACUAUCAACCGACUGCUCGAAGAGAAAAAAGUUCGAGACCAACGUGAGCUGGAGGUCGGCCUGACCGAAGUCAAAACCGACGUGUCCAAUCUGAAGCUUGUAACGAGUGAACUGACGGGUCAAAUCAAUGCACUCAGGGCAGAAGCUCAAGCUCGAAAGAAGGAAUUCGACGCGAGUAUUGCCGAAAUCCGUCAACAGGCCACCGCGUCCUCCGAGUGGAGCGAAGAUGUGUACGCUCAAAUUUACACCUUGCAAGCGCAGGCGCAAGUGCUCAUGGCGGAAUACGAUGCCAAGCAAAAGGCCCUUCGAGAGAAGCAGUACAUCGACGAAAACCCAUCGUAUUCUCGGGUGUACUCGACUGUUUUUUCCAAGAUGAACGAGAUUUUCAUCGCGUCCAAGGCGAUUGCGAGCGGCAUGGUGACACGUGAAGCGUACUCGGACGGCGAGAAGCUCGCAAGUUACAUGACCCUACUCAACGAAAAGAUUCCGUUUCCACCUGCGCAAAUGGUCAUGACGUGCAUUACGAACCGCGUCGAAGGUAUUUCAGCGAAGCGGGAAGAGGACCGCAUCAACAACAUUUCGUCGAACGCGAGCAGUUUUUCCGAAAUGGACGAGAUUUGCGAUUGGAUUGCCCGAGGCCUCGUGUUUGCUUUCGAGGAGCAAAUUCAAGCCAUGACUGCCAAGGGCGUCGAGACGUUCAGCGAGUGCUUGGUUCGCGGUGUGAUCGAGUUCCUAAGCACGCCUCCCGCCGAGCGUGACGCGGGCCUACCGCACCACUCGUCCGUCGACAACCCCCUCGAUCCCGCCGCGCUCCUGGUGUCCCAAGUGCUGGUAUUUUUGUGUCGCAAAGAUUACCAAAAGGUCGAAAAUGGCGUUGAAAAAGUCGCGUCCGGGUGUUUCUCUUUCCUCGAAUUCAGCUUCCUUGCGUCGUUUGCCCAGCGGAGCAGCACUGCGGCGACCCUCGAGCGAUCGAAGAAUCCCGUUGCGAUUGAAACACGCAUUCCAAACGUCGAGUGGACAGAUGUGGGCAUUUUCCAGUUGUCCGGGCUGCGCACAGCGACCGGCACGACAUGGUACGGCGACGACAGCCGCCCCGACCUUUACGGGUACCGUCUCGGUGGCGUGCGCGAUGCAUUUCAACUGCACUACAUCGAGUACCCAACCCGCGCAACGAGCAAAGUCCUCCCAUUGACCGAAGAUCAACUCGACCGGAAUCCCGAAGCCCACCGUAAGGUUUGGGAAGGUCGUUGAGUGCAACCACCAACUUUGCCAAGGAGGUUUUCACGUUGUCGUUAUUUCGGUCCAUCCAAACGAUAUGUUGGUCAACCAUAGCCCCUCGCAAUAUCUCGAGACGGUCUAUGCAGAGAACGCCGUCGACAUUGACGUUUUGACAAUUGUAUGGCCGACAGAUCCACUUGUAUUGACCGCUUGAACCUGUGCCCUCAUGAAGCACCAUCGCAAAGCAUGCACCGCACGACGUUGAUGAGGUUCUGAAUGCGUUCGUCUAGCGUCUCGAUGGAUGCAAGCAACAUCACCACGCCAGAGGACUUGGCGCGCAGAGAAAAAUCCACAGGGUCGCGCACUCGGUCUAGACAUGUUCAUGGCUUCCACGAUGACGUCGACGGGGUUGUACCAUAUUGCCACAUCGCAACGACAAAGCGCAGUCCCCACACCAUGAUCGAGUCGCCGACGGUGGCGGCGGGAUGCGCGGCCAUACGAU